AUGGGAUCUGGAUAUUUUCCUGAUGGGAACUUUGAUCAUGCAUGUUAUUUCACUUAUAUCUCUUACAGAAAUGCAUCCAGAAUAAACUACGGACCUGAAAACUAUCAAAUAGAAAAAUACGUGGACAAUCCUAAUUGUUUUGGUCUUACUUACUACGGCAAUCUUCAUAGAAAAGUUGAGUAUUGUCUUCAAUUUGGAGGACCUGGUGGUGAUUGUGGUGGUGGAAGCCCUACAGUUCACUGUAUUCAAGAUACACUUAAGGCAGAUAUCAAUUUGGAACAACAACUAAAACUCAUUAACAAGUCUCCUAUAAAAACCAGUAAUACAAAGAAUGGAGCCAUUGUUGAUUGUAUUGAUAUUAAUACACAACCAGCAUUUGAUCAUCCUCUACUAAAGAAUCAUAAAUUGCAGAGAGAACCAAGUUUUCAAAAGUCAAGUCAAAAGACAAGUGCUAAGAAUUUAUCCGAUAAAUCCAUAUUUGGACUUGAUAAAGUUCAAUGUCCUGAAGGAACUGUUCCUGUUCCAAGAAUGACAAAAGAAGAUCUUAUUCGUGAAAAAAGUAUAUUAAAUAGUAGUAUCUUUGUUCAAAAUAUUCCUGGUGUUCACCUUGCAGAAAUAGCUCUUUCUUCAAAAUUCGGUCCAUAUUAUGGAGUUAAAGGACGAAAUAGCAUUUAUAAUCCAUAUCUCAUGAAGGGUCAAAUAUCACUUUCUCAUAUGUGGGUUCAACACGGACCUAUAGAAAGUAAUGACAAAAUCAGUUUUGGAUGGCAUAGAGACAAUUAUCAUAGGACAGGAUGCUACAACAUUCGAUGUCCAGGUUUUGUUCAGACUCAUAAUUCAAUUUAUCUCGGUGAACCUUUUACAGUUGUAUCUACUUAUGGUGGACCAACUUAUGAUUUUCCCUCUUCUAUUACUCGGGACCCAUUGACGAAAAACUGGUGGAUACUUGUAAAAGAUCAUGCUAUUGGAUAUUAUCCUGCAAAAUUAUUCUCGAACAUGACUACGGCAGAUAAAGUAGGAUGGGGUGGAAGAACAGUAACUCCUCAUGGUUCUCUUAGCCCUCCAAUGGGAUCUGGAAGUUUUCCUGAUUCCAACUUUUCUCAUGCAAGUUAUUUCAGGCUUAUGGCUUAUAGAAAUACGUCAAAAAGAAGUUAUGGACCUCAAAACUACCAACUAGAAAAAUACGUAGAUAAACCUGAUUGUUAUAAUCUUAAUUACUAUGAUAAUUUUCGUGAAAGCCUUCAAUGUUCUGUUCAAUUUGGAGGACCAGGUGGUCAUUGUGGUGAUUGA